CCUAACGUCACCUCCUCGCGCCGCAGUAAACGUCAGUGUUGGGCGCCUUUAGUGGCGGUGCGGAUUGCUCUUAAAAGUUCGGUCUGUCUCCGUUUUGCGAGCCAUGGAGAGUGACUUUUACCUGCGUUACUACGUGGGGCACAAAGGCAAAUUCGGCCACGAAUUCCUGGAAUUUGAGUUCCGGCCCGACGGGAAAUUGAGAUAUGCCAACAACAGCAAUUACAAAAAUGAUGUCAUGAUCAGAAAAGAGGCUUAUGUACAUAAAAGUGUGAUGGAGGAACUGAAGAGAAUAAUUGAUGACAGUGAAAUUACCAAAGAGGAUGAUGCUUUGUGGCCUCCUCCUGACCGAGUGGGCCGGCAGGAGCUUGAAAUUGUCAUUGGAGACGAACACAUUUCUUUCACAACAUCAAAAAUUGGUUCCCUUAUUGAUGUCAAUCAAUCCAAGGAUCCAGAAGGCUUACGAGUAUUUUAUUAUCUUGUCCAGGACCUGAAGUGUUUGGUCUUCAGUCUUAUUGGAUUACACUUCAAGAUUAAGCCAAUCUAGAUGGAACAUUGGUGUGGACACAAGGGGGGUGGGAGUGCUGCUUUUAAUUACCAUUAUCUAGACAUUUUUGUGUAUAUCAGGGCAGUAUUUUUUUUAUAAACUAUAAAUGAUUGUCUUUAAUAAAUACAUAACAAAAAGCAAUUUUUUUUUAUUUUAUAAAGACCUGAACAUG